AUGGCGAUUCCAGUGCUAGGCAGGCUCACCGUCCGCGACCACAUCUCCCUCGUUGUCGGGUUCGCCUUUGUCAUACUCGAAAUGGUGCUGCGUUGUGCAACCUUCUUCUUGCCAGCGCCCCUCCUUGCACUCUUCUACAACCUCUCUGCCAGGUAUGAUCCUUAUCCUUGCAUAUCACUCAUUGACCGCAGACUUGUGGCGAAACCAGCGGAACGGACACGCAUGCACAGUAUUCAAGAUGCGCAUACCUUUGAUGAAAUGUGCGCUGAAUUCGGUUAUGAAGCACAAGAACAUGUUGUUCAAACACAAGACGGAUAUAUUCUCUGCCUCCACAGACUCUGCCAUACCCGAGCAGAACUCGCUGAACGCGAUCGAGAGCGUGGAUCGGGCGAACGUCCUAGACCACUCAAAAAACCAGUCGUGUAUCUACACCAUGGCCUCAUGAUGAAUUCAGAGGUUUGGGUGUGUAACUUGGAAGAAGAACGACAACUACCCUUUAUCCUUGUUGAGCGCGGUUACGAUGUCUGGUUCGGCAAUAAUAGAGGCAACAAAUACAGCAAGAAGCACAUCACCCUCAAAUCAAACGACAAGCGCUUCUGGGACUUUUCUAUGGAUGAUUUCGCACUACGCGAUAUCCCAGAUUCCAUUGCCUAUGUGCUACACUUUACAAAGCAGCAAAACUUGAGCUACAUUGGGUUCAGUCAAGGUACUGCUCAAGCGUUUGCUACACUCAGUAUUCACCCAUCACUCAAUGAAAUGGUCAAUGUCUUUAUUGCCCUUGCACCAGCCAUGUCGCCACGCGGCCUUCACAACAUUUUUGUGGAUGCACUCAUGAAAGCCUCGCCAACAGCACUCUUCCUCUUCUUUGGACGCAAGGCAAUCUUGCCGUCCACCGUCUUCUGGCAAAGCAUCAUGUACCCGCCCUUCUUUGUGCGAAUACUGGAUCUUUCUAUGAAGUUUCUGUUUGGCUGGCACUCGAGAAAUAUGACGUUUCAGCAAAAAGCAGCAUCUUACUACCACCUCUACUCCUUUGCUAGUGUCAAAUCACUCGUCCACUGGUUCCAAAUCAUUCGUUCUGGGCAAUUCCAGAUGUACGAUGAUGACUUGGCCGUUGCUCAAACAAAACGUCCCGUUCGCACAGAAAGUGAACGGCGCUCACGUUCCACCUCGCGUAGACCACUAGUGAGGGCUGGUAGUUUCUACCAAGCUGCUCGAUUCCCGACCCGCAAUAUCGCAGCACCUAUUGUGCUCAUGUAUGGUGGGAGUGAUAGUCUCGUUGAGAUUGAUGUCAUGCUCUCUGCACUACCCUCACACACCAUCACCUAUUGCAUCCCGCAUUUCGAGCAUCUUGACUUUUUAUGGGGUCAAGAAGUGGAUACAUUGGUGAUACCACAAGUCCUUGCCUAUUUGAAGCGCUUCGAGCCGCAACAACCUCAACUACAGCAACCCGUACCCAUUGUGCGACACGUCAAGAUUGGACAGUCGCGCGCUGUUGCAGAGGAUAGUCCAAGCUCAACAGACUCCUCCACCCCACACACCCAAACACCAUCCAUGCAUCCAGGUCCCGCUGAACGGGAAAUGACCCCACAACCACGUCGCAGUUCCCUGGCGUCUGUGCAACGCGAAGGACACACUCGAGCAGGGUCACCGACGCCACCGCUCUUUCAGAUGGCGCAUAGUAGACGUUUGGCAGCGACGGGUGGUCAUACGCAUCGACGUGGUAGUUCAGGCAGACCGCUCAACUCUGCAGGUUCUAGUAUCAUCAACCAAUUAUCUGGAUCGAGUGAAGUGGAUACGGAAGAUUUAAAAGCUUUGCCAACGACGCAGUUGAGUGGUAGCCUGGAUUGGGAUGCCAUGACUUGA